AUGGCCACCUACGCCGUCUUUGGUGCCACCGGGAAAUGUGGCAGCUCACUCAUUGAAGUGCUCCUCCAGUCUCCGGACACCAAGAUUCACGCCUACUGCCGCAAUGCGGCAAAGCUCACACGCAUGAUGCCCGAAGCCCUGGAGACCAAACGUGUACAAAUCUUCGAAGGUCAAAUCGAUAAUGUUGACCAGUUUCUCAACUGCAUUCGCGGCUGUAAAGCCGUCUUCCUUGCUAUUUCUAUGAACGAUAAUCUGCCCGGCUGUCGUGUUGCCCAGGAUACGACUACCACCCUCUUGUCUGCUUUGGGAAGACUCAGAAUAGAGAUAAAAGCGCACAUAGAAUUACCAAGGAUUGUCGUGUUAUCUUCCGCUAGUCUCGAGAAAAAGCUUUGCCACAAUCUGCCAGCGUGGUUUCAUUGGGUCAUAUUCCGGUCCAAUUCUAACAUCUUCGAGGAUUUAAGAGUGCAAGAACGAAUGUUGCGCGCUGAGCAAGACUGGCUUUCGACUAUCUUCAUCAAACCCGGCGGCUUGACUUCUGACAAGCAGAGGGGUCACAAGCUCGAUUUAGACGUGCAGGAGACCUUCGUCUCAUAUCUUGACUUAGCUGCGGCGAUGGUCGAAGCGGCUGAUGACCCUGACAAUCGCUACAAUAUGAAGGAUGUUAGCGUGCACAACAUCGGAGGAAGUGCAAAAGUACCAUUAACAUUACCACUUUUGGUCCUUUUCGGCGUCCUGAGGCAUUUCUUCCCAUGGUUACAUCCAUAUCUCCCUCUCUUGGGAUGA